AAAUAAGGACACUACGUUGUGUUGACUUUAUUUAAAUAAGUUCGCACAUUUCAUUAGUUUUUGAAAUGAGACAGUCUGUAUUUGGUUUGUAUGUCCUCGUUUUUGGCUGCUAUUACGUUGAGAAUAGUGCGCAGGGUCAAUGUCCAGCAUACUCGCCCAACUUUGUUGUAAAACAAGGCUUUCGUCUGUACGGACAUGUUAUCAACUGGUUGUAUGCUGAAAAUGAGGUUCUCUGUAGACUUAAAUGCAAUAUGGUCGAAAAGUGUUUAACCUUCAAUUACGAAGCAGCAACAAAGAUCUGUGAAUUGAACGACGCCAACCAUACCUUACAUAUCAACGACCUUCGACAGACUCAAGGUUUUGUCUAUGUUGACUUGAAGAAACAAAAAAAAUCUGAUGCUGCUCCUACUACUCCUUCUGUAAUUGGGCAAGAAAGUCCAAUUAGAUCCUACCUUGGUUACUGUGUGCAGCCAAAAAGUGGUGACUGUAAUCCAAUCGAAAGCACAGGAGGUCACGCCCUUAUCUUGAAAAGCGCCGAUAAGGACUGCUCAGCGGAGUACAUGAAAUUUAUAUUGGACUCUGAGGGUAUUAUUCAUCAUAAAUGCAGCGGAAAGAUAGUUUGUCCAGAAGAUAAUCGUCCUUGGUAUGAUAAAGAGCUUCUGUUGGUGGAUGAAUGUCCCAAAGAGGUUUCCAGGCACAAAAGGCUUCCAUCAAAAAGUCUUCAGAAUAUAAACAAUCGAUUUUGUGUUCAUCCACGUGAUGGUUAUCCCAAAGACAACAAACACCUUGUAUAUUAUAUACAAUGCAAUGCGAACAGACUCAUUCUAGACUUCAUUAAACUACCAUCAGUACAGUGACAAAAAACUAUUAAAGAUUGACUCGCUUCAAAUUGUCACAAAGGGGCAUGGAGGCCUGGAGGAACCAUUGACUGAAAAGAAAGACAAGUGGUUCUUAUACAGAUGUGUCUUUUAUAUCAUAGCUCUUCACUGACAGUGAACCUAUAUAACAUUAAAUCGCACAAAUCGUCACCAAGGACGUUAAAUGAGCCAAACAUUACAUGCACCUGUUUCAAAAAUUCGCUGGUCGACGCUCAAAGAAAGUCUCCAAAGGGAUUAUCGUUGCACUGUUUUGUCAAACAAAAUUUCUGUUAUUGAGUUCACCUUGCAUGGAAAUUUAGACUAAAUGGAGCUAUUGUUUACGGUAAUUACCACAGUCUAUCUUAUCAGUAUACAACGAAUUAAAACUUGA